AUGUUAUUCAUCUUAAAUCCAACAUUUACUUUAUGCCCUCGUUUCCUUAAAAAUGGUGUAUAUUCUGAUCUUCAUUUUUGUCUACAAGCCCUUUUGCAUGCGUCUGUUGCAUGUCACAAGAAGCUUGUUGUAGACUGGGUUGCAGCUAGUGACCUUGAAGAGAUUACAGCAAACGAAGCGCCAGAUGUCCAUAAAGCUGCAUGGGAUCUUUUGAAGAGGAGUGCAAGGGAAGAUACUUCUACAAAGUACGCCCGAGAAAACCAAGUCCUUUUCCUUGGCAUAUGCCUAGGAAUGCAGCUGGCUGUUGUUGAAUUCGCCAGCUCCAUUCUUGGCUUUGAGGAUGCAAACAGCACAGAGUUUGCACCAGAGAAACGUCAAGCCAUUGUGGAUCAACAACUCAUAUGGGUGGCACAAUGCGCUUGGGUUCAAGGAGAACUUACUUUUAGGUUCCCAAUUGCAAGUCUGCUAAAUUGUCUUAAGCUUAUCACUGUGGACCGUCCUUUCGCUGAGAAACACUACAGUGACUUGUCUGCCAAGCCAUUCUUCACCAGCCUUGUUGACUACAUAAUCUCUGGACCAGUCGUUGCUAUGAUCUGGGAAGGGAAGAACGUUGUCUUGACAGGAAGGAAGAUCAUUGGAGCAACUAACCCUGCAGCUUCUGAACCAGGAACCAUCCGUGGCGACUUUGCUAUUGACAUCGGCAGGAAUGUGAUCCAUGGGAGUGACUCUGUUGAGAGUGCUAACAAGGAAGCUGCGUUGUGGUUCCCUGAUGGACCUGUGAACUGGCAGAGCAGUCUUCAUUCUUGGAUCUAUGAAUGA